AUGUGUUGGAAGGGGUCAUCUUUAAUGUGCGUAAAGUGUGUAUUGUUAUGUUUGAAUGUCAUAUUUAUACUGAUUGGGCUUUCGUCUAUCGUGAUAGCUAGCUGGGCCUUAUUUUGGCCCCAAAUAUUUUUGGAUAUAAUGGGACCUCAUUUGUUAAGAAUAUCAGCAUAUUCAACUAUAUCCGUUGGAGGAGUCAUUUUGCUAUUAUCAAUUUUAGGAUGCACAGGGGCUGCACUUGAAAAUCGCUGCAUUUUGGUUACGUUCUUCACACUACUUUGUGGCUUGUUCAUGGCUUGUCUGGUCAUUGGAACUCUAGCAACUGUAUUUAGAAGAGACUUAAUUAUACUAAUGGUUAAUCGGAUGAGUAUUGCCGUACAGCAAGAUUACGGAAAUUCAGACUUCUGGACGGAACUACUUGACCUUCUUCAGUCAAGGUUGAAAUGUUGUGCUGUUGAAGAUAAUCAAGCAGAUUUGUAUCUUCGUUCUGUUUGGUAUUCACGUCAAAUACAUCAAUCUUCAGUAUUUGGAACAAAUUCAAUACGUUUAUUAUCUCAAGAAUAUGAUAAUAAUUUAGGAAUACCAAGUGUAGUAAAUGUUCCAGUGUCAUGUUGUGUACAUUCAUUGGAAACUAAAGAAUUUUCUAAUCGUACCGCUUGUCAAAUUGGUUCUUUAAAAUCUAAUUUAAAUCCAUAUCUUAAUCCUCAUGGUUGUGCAAAUGUGAUUAUUGCCCUGCUGUAUCAGUAUUUCAUCCCAUUAAUUAUAAUGGUUGUCAUAUUGGCCGUACUAAUGAUGGCUGGUUUAAUAUUAGGCUUAUUACUAUUACGAAGUUUUUCAAUGGAUGAUUAUCCAGAGAUUAAUUUACGUGAAAAUGUAUGA